AUGGAAAGGGUAGAAGUUCCCGUAAUUCUCCGGAAAUACCAGUAUUACUUGGACAGAUUGACGCCGUAUGGCUGGAUUCGAUGGGGAAUUGCAAUUGCCUUUGCCAUACUGUUCCUGUGGCGGAUUGGUUUCUACAUUGUGACAUACGCCCUUGGAAUCUAUUAUCUAAAUUUAUUCCUUGCCUUUUUGACGCCAAAAAUUGAUCCGGCGCUUGAUUUUGAAAGUGAAGAUGAAGAUGGGCCCACUUUGCCAUCAAAAGGGAACGAAGAAUUUCGCCCGUUCAUGAGACGUCUUCCGGAAUUCAAAUUCUGGUAA